AUGGUUCAGGGGGUUUCAGAAAUUGCUGCAAUGUGUGUCGGCUUGAUUGGACUAAUCGGGGCAGCAGCUACAACAGGAAUGCCCAUGUGGAAGGUGACGGCUUUCAUCGGAGAGAACAUAAUUGUGAUGGAAACCCGCUGGGAGGGCCUGUGGAUGAACUGCUUUCGACAGGCUAACAUAAGGAUGCAGUGUAAGGUGUACGACUCUCUGCUCUUCCUGCCACCAGAGUUGCAGGCAGCCCGGGGCCUCAUGUGCUGUUCUCUGGCUUUAUCUGGACUGGGGCUUCUUGUUGCUCUAGCAGGAAUGCGAUGCACGUCCUGUUUUAAGGGUAACACCUGGGCUAAGACCAUAUUCCUGUUCGUUGCAGGUGGAAUGCAGCUGAUGGCUUGUGUCUGUGUUUUUAUCCCUGUGUCGUGGACUGGUCACGUCAUCAUCAGGGAUUUUUAUAACCCUUUGCUAAUUGACGCCCAGAGGAGAGAGCUGGGGGAGGCUCUCUACAUCGGGUGGGUGACUGGUGCCUUCCUUUUUGCUUCAGCCAUGCUGUUCCUCUGCCGCCGCAUGCCCUCAGAGAAAGGCUCAUUUGAUGUGUACCACCCAGCACAGUUGCUCAGUUACAAGCCAGCACCCAGUAAACCAACUCUAAUGAAUUACCAUCCACUGUCAACUCUUUCCAGCCUCCAAUCUACAGCAUACCAGCCUCCUCUGCCAAACAAUGGCUCUGUUGGACAACAAUUUGCAAUGCCACUACAGAACCUCCCUCAAGUAAUGACCACUGAUGGAGCAUUAAUUACCCCCCCUGCUGUCUAUAACCCUGGUAUGCCUGAAAGUGCAUCACUCUUAUAUCAAGGUAGCAUGGCUCAACGAUCCUCCCUGCAGAGCUCUAACCAUGUUGGAAGCCUGUAUACUCCAGGAAACUCCUUAUACAUCAGCCAAAACACCACUCCAUACUCGCUUUAUCCUACAGCGUCACACCAGUCCAGUUUUCAGCCGGUUCCACACACUCCUGUUUUCGUAGGAUACAAAUCAUCAAGAGUUCAGCAAGACUCUCGCAGGAGCAGGCCUGGUGUGUACAUAUAA